AGUCUCACUGUGUCUUCAGCUGCUCGCCCCCUGCUGGUCGGAUGUGGAUGGAACAGCUGUCGCCUCACAUCCAGAGAAACAAACAGCUGCAGGACGUUCUGCUGCAGAGAGAGGAGGAGCUGCUGCGUCUGCAGGAGGAGAACAACAAGCUCCGAGAGUUUCUCAGCUCCUCAUUCGUCAGGAACCUCGAGGACAAAGCUAAAAAGCUAUCAGCUGAUGGGAGGAGAAAACUGAAGAGGAACCUGAUGUACGAUGAAGUAUCGUUCCAGGCCUGUGGUCAUCAGCUCACAGCGCCUCCACAGGUCAGCAAGAGAGUCUGCAGGAACCUCACUGCCGAGUUCAGCUCCGAGUCCUCCGAAUCGUCUGCCGUCUCCUCAGAGCCAAAUCUGGACCUGUGGGUUCUACGAACACUCGGACUGAAGGAUAAAGACACCAUCGAUACAUCCAACGAAUCCUUGUCCUCACCUGGACACAGCCUCAGAAGUUCAGUUUAUGAUGCCACGGUCACGUCUUCCUCGUCCUCUGGAUACACUUUAAACUCUCUGAGCCCUUCAGCUGCGACACACUCCUCUGCCCACAGCUGCUGCCAAAGCUCAACACUUCACACUGAGUACAUGUACGAUGCUGCCAAAAGCCAAGAAGCAAACUGUGCUUAUCCUGCCGAGUCAUCUCAGAACUGCACAACUCCUCCAGGUCAGCGCUCUGACUUCACGCCACUGAGCGGACGGUUGGAAGCUCCUGCGGCUGUGAUCAGGAGCCUCGAUGCAUUAACCAACUUCCAGUCCCCUCUAAUAACAGAGAACUUCACCAAGUCCCCAGACAGAGCGGAGAUCUGCUCCAUCACUGCCUCCAGUCGAACGCAGUCUCUGGACGGACACCCAGCCUACCGUCCAGCUUACUGGUCUUCACAGGAAGACAGCCAGACACCAUCAGAGGACACAUUCAGUCCACCAGUAAAAAGAAUAACAUUUUCUCCUGUUUCGUCUUCAAGUCCAGUCCAGACCCAACCCUGUACUCCUGCUCGAGGCUGCAGCCCAACAAGCCCGUCUGCAGGCUCUCAGCCUCCAGCCACGCCAGGGACGCCUCGCAGCCGGACAGAUUUGGCAUUCACUAUGUCGCUCAGUCCGUCCAGCAGCGUCAAGACCCACAGCUUCCCUCAGGGACAAGCCUUCGUCUCAAAGCACACAGACGGAAGGUGGAACUUCACUUGGCUGCCCAGACAAGGACCAUAG